AUGACUCCCCAAGAUGCUCAGAUCAAUACAGAUGAAGAAAUACCAACUAUCAAACUACCGAGAGAUUUUCUGAAGUGCCCGAAAGGUGACCUAGUCAUUCUAAUAGCACGAAUGCUACAGUUUAUCAUACAGAUCAAUGACUCCAAUAUUAAGGAAAACGAACGAAAAUAUGGCCUUACUAGAUUUCAUUCAAAAAUAGCACCUAAUAUAUCAGUAUUCAACUACUUUACCAGAUUAACCAAAUAUUCCCUAUUGGAACAUUCUGUGCUUUUAUCCGCAGUUUAUUACAUCGACCUUUUGUCUAACGUUUACCCAGCAUUCAAUCUCAACUCUCUAACUGCACAUAGAUUUCUACUGACAGCUACCACCAUUGCAAGUAAAGGCCUUUGUGAUUCUUUUUGUACAAACACACAUUAUUCGAAAGUAGGAGGUGUUCAAUGCAAUGAGCUUAAUGUUCUAGAAAAUGAAUUUCUGAGAAAAGUUAAUUAUAGAAUAAUACCGCGAGAUAACAAUAUAACGUUCUGCAAAAUGGAGGUACAGAAGAAUUUUUUUAUACUACCAGAGUCAAUAGAAUCUGACUUAGCCCCUUCCCUGCGGCAAGGGUAUUCGUCAAUAUCAAAUGCAGGCUAUAACGUUCUGACACGAUAUUACUAUAAAAUUAUAGAAGUUGUAGGGAAAUAUAGCUCUUCCCCAGACAAAACAAAAAAAGUCAAUUACGACAUAGAUAUGCCUGCUAAAACUUUGCAUGAACAUCAGCAAAAUGAUGCUGUGAAAAACUGCUCAAAUAACAACAGCAACUAUCAAACAGCUAGUAAUAAUAUUCCCAUCCCACAAACAAUACCUCAGAACAGACCGAAAAGAAACUUCGACACUGUUGAAGAGAGGCAUAAUAUCUACAUCGAAGAGAAAUCUAAAAUGAAUACCAAUGGGCUUGCCGAAAAGUUAACAUCUUCAUCCUAUAAAAAACAAAUUACUGAAGAUAAAAAGAAUCAAAUACUAGAUAAUAGCAUAUAUCCUUCAUCUAUAUAA